AUGAAAGGUGAGACCCCGGUGAACAGCACUAUGAGUAUUGGGCAAGCACGCAAGAUGGUGGAACAGCUUAAGAUUGAAGCCAGCUUGUGUCGGAUAAAGGUGUCCAAGGCAGCAGCAGACCUGAUGACUUACUGUGAUGCCCACGCCUGUGAGGAUCCCCUCAUCACCCCUGUGCCCACUUCGGAGAACCCCUUCCGGGAGAAGAAGUUCUUCUGUGCUCUCCUCUGAGCUCCCCUGUCCCUUCUCACAACUCCUCCCUUUUCCCUCUCCUGGGCCCUUCCUUAGGUCAGUAAUUGUUGUGAGCCCCUUAGGCUCCUUGCAUCCCAUCCCCCUAACCCUUGCCUGACCAUGUGAGGUUAUCUGAAGCACAAGGCCCACCCUCACCUAUCUGUCGACCCCAUUUCCUACCACCUUUGUGGCCGACCCCAAGCACCCCAGAGAUAUGAGGCACCCUUUGCUCCACCCACAGCAGGGCCCCGUCAGACUCUGCCAGCGCGUCCUGCCCGCUUCCCUCGGUGACCUGCUCAGACAAUGGAGAGGGAUGGGCCAGGUUCUUGCUCUCAGUCUCACCUGGAGCUACUGGGAGGGUAAAACCAUUUGAAGAAUAAAGUCAUCCAGAGCCUCA